CAUGGACCAGCUCAUCAGCACAGUCGAGGACCUGCAGAGAGAGCUUGAGAAGGUUCCCAACUCUGAUGUGUGCUCCAUCCAGAGAGACAUGGAGACGUUAAGAGACCAGUGGCUGGAGGUCUCAGAGAGAAUACAAACCAACACAGAGAGACUGGGCUACUGUGUAGCUCUGUGGGAUGACCUCAAGUCCAUGGAGCAGGACAUUAAUCAAUGGACCGCCAGCUCCAUUGCUGAUCUCACAGACAGUGUCACCAAUCUCAGCGAUAAAGAGAGGACUGAAGCCCAUCUUGCUACCUUUCAGGCUGAGGUUGAGAAGAGGGAGCAGAGGUUGGAUGUCCUGCAGGAGAGAGUGACAGAGCUGAAAGAGCGAGCCAAACUGCAGGAAACUCCAUUACAAAUGCAGGUCCUGGAGUCAGACCUGAGGAAGAAAAUGGCCCAUGCGCAGGAGGUGUACAAUCAGGCCAAACACACUCUGACCUACUUCAGUUUCCAGAAGCAGCGACUGGAGGACCUCAUGUCCCAGAUGGCUGAGCGGCUGAAGGCCGUUGAGGGUUCAUUAUCUGACCUCACUGAUACCACUUCUCCUGAAGAUAUUGGUACUGUUAAGGACCUGCAGACUGUUGUGCAGCAGCAGAGGGCAGACAUGGACUCGGCUAGAGAUGCCCUGAGUGCCCUCUGCAGGUCUCAUCCCUCGCAGGAGCUGUCAUGCCUCUCCUCUGAGCUCACCUCCAUCGCCAAGCGCACGGAGGCCGUCGCACAGCGCUGUGCCAAGACCAGGGGCAACCUGCAGGAUGGGUUACAGCUCCACUUCAACGAGCUUGUCCAAGACUUCCACUCCUGGCUUGCAGAUCUGAAGCUGGAGCUGAAAGAAUGUUCUAAUCAAUCAGGAGAUGUUGCCACCCUUGGAAGCAAGUUGCAAAGGCUAAAGGUGUCAGUCGAGCAGACAUCAGAGGGUGAGAAGCGUCUCUCUCAGGUUUGUGAGGAAGCCGAGAGGCUCCAGCUCCACCUGUCUAAAGCUGGAGCAGCACAGGUCCAAGAGCGUCUCUCCUCCUGUCAGAGAGAGUGGAGGAACUACCUGGACAGCUGCUCUCAGAGCCGACGAGACUUGGAGGAGAGUAUUGACCUUCUGAACAAUUUUAAUGGCUGUGUGGAGGGUAUAAGAGACUGGCUGAAGCAGAUGGAUCUCAGCCUCAAGAGCGAGCCUGUUUUCGGGGCGGAGAGCCAGCAAGGAGCCUCAGACACCACAGAAGAGCUGGAGAGGAUGGAAAACCUCCAUAAGGAACUGCUCGCAAGAAGGGAGUCCAUCGAGUGUCUCUGCCAGGAGGCCCAGUCUCUGUCUGAAGCAGGCCGGGGGUCAGGAGGAGAGGUCAGAGUGACAAGCCAACUCCAGAUGGAGCACCAGGCCUUGCUGAAGGCAGCCAGGGAGAGACUGCGGGGCUGCCAAGAGAGCCAGGCCUUUGGAGAGACCCUCCAAGGGGUAUGGGCCUGGCUGGAGGAGAUCCAGGAGAGACUGGGUACAGUAGACAGCACCAUGGGGACCAAAGAACAGUUAGAGCAGAGGCUGGAGACUGUGCAGGACAUCCUGCUUUUGAAGGGAGAGGGUGAGGUCAAGCUGAAUAUGGCGAUGGGUAAGGGCGAGUUGGCCCUGCGGAGCUAUGGCGCCACUGGACAGGAAGUGGUCCGCUCUCAGCUACAGGAAGUGGAGGAUGCGUGGGCCACGCUACUUGUGACUGCCAUGAGCUGCCACAGUCGUUUAGAGUGGACCGUGUCACAGUGGGGUGGAUACCUGGAGAGUGCUGCCCAGCUGCGGUGCUGGAUGGAGGCUGUAGAGCAUGAGGUGUGCGCCCCUCUCACCCCCCAGCCAGGGCCCAGAGAAAAGGCCUCCCAGCUAGAGCGACUUAGAGCCCUGCUGGCUGACCUGGAAGACCACCAGGUGUCGCUGUCCAGCCUGGAAGAAAAAGCUAGAGAGCUGUUCAAGAAGACUGGUGAUGCCAGCUUUAACCAUGGUGCCCGCACCCAGCUGCAGGCGCAGUUUGAUGACCUCACAGUCUUGGUGGAGGAGAGAGUACGUCUCGCGCAGGCAGUAGUGUUGGAACACCAAGAAUACCUGGAGGCUGUGAGGGAACUCACCGAUUGGCUUAUGACUGCUGGAGAGGAGCUACAGCAUUGGUCUGAUACAUCAGGAGACUCUGCCUCCAUCAAAAAGAAACUGUCAGAAGUGAGGGAGCGUGUGGAGUGUCGGCUACUGGAAGGCCGAGAGCGCCUCAGUCGGGUGCGUCGGAGCGCAGCAUCCACGGCGGAGCACACGGCAGCGGGUGGCUGUGAGGCCAUGGACCGACAGCUGGGGGCGCUGUCCCAGGCUCUGGAGCAGUGGGAGGGGGCUGCCCUGAGGGCCAGAGAUGGCCUGGAGGGGGCCCUGGCUGCCGCUGCAGCCUCAGAGGAGGAAUAUGACCGCCUAACCGCCCGCCUGGAGGAUGAGUUGAAAGAGCUGGAUGGACGACUGAGGGGGUGGAGCCAGGAGUUGAUCAAAGCUGAAGGGCAGAGCAACGGCGAAGAAGCAGUGGAGGGAUGGCAGCUGGCUAAGGAUAUUCUGGAGGGCUUGCAGAGCGCCGAGCCGAUGGCAGAGAAGUUGAAAGGCCAACUGAACGACCUGGUGCGAUACUCCAGAGACCUGGGCUCACAAUCAGAUCGGGUCACUGCGCUAAUCAAACAGCACAACAGUCUCAGCCUUCGUGCAUCCAGGGAGUGUCAAAAUAAAGAGCGUUUGUUGGAGCAGAGGUUCCGUGCAGCCCUGAGAGACUUCCAGCAGUGGUUGGUCAACGCCAAAAUCAGCACCGCCAAAUGCUUUGAUGUGCCACAGAGCGUCGCCGAGGCCUCCACUGCACUGCAGAGGAUCCAAGACACCAUCAAGCAGCUUCAGGAGGAGCUGAAGAGCAUUGAGGAGGCUGAAAACCUUUGCAUGUCCUUCACUGACUGGCUCAGCUCAACUCAGAAAAGCUUCACAGCAUUAACUGACAGUUCUGAACCUCUGGAUCGGGUCGCCAUGGAGAGGAAGAUGAAAAAACUAGAGACUCUCCAGUCUGAGCUCCAACACGGCCACAGCUUCCUGAAAUCACUGAGGGAGCGGGCAGAGCAGGCGGCAGGCUUUCUGAACGAGGCCGGAGCUGAGUGUUUAGGAGGGGAGGUAGAGGCUCGCCUUGCCCAGUUGGAGGAGCUCGCAGGUGGCCUGAGGCAGAAGCACAGCUUUCUACAGCGGGCGUUACUGCUAGCUAAGGAGUUCCAGGACCGGUAUAAGGCUCAGGCCCAGUGGCUGGUGGAGACCAAGGCUUUGCUCAGCACCCCGGUGGAGCCCAAGGCUGAACUGUACCAACGUAGAGCACUGCUGGCUAAGUAUAAGGCUCUGUUGCAAAUGGUUCAGUCCCAUGAUGGAUCCAUCAGGUCAGUAGUGGAGAAAGGAGACGCUCUGCUGGCCUCUGUCCAUUACCCGUCCAUCAGAGACAAAAUGAACAGACUGAAAAAGGACUACACUGAACUCUGUAAUACUGCCAUGGCCCAUGUGGAGAAUCUGGAAGGCCAGGUGAAGGAACAGGAAGCUUACCACAACGAGCUCCAGGAAGUGGAGCGCUGGCUGCUCCAGAUGUCCAGCAGAAUGGUGACUCCUGACCCCACUGUGGGUGGCAGCCUGGAGGCAGCCACUCAACAGCUGGCCAGACACAAGGCCAUCAUGGAGGAAAUCGCGGGCUUUGAGGAUCGCUUGGCACUCCUAAAGGAGCGAGGAGCCCACCUGGUGCAAGGCUGCAGUGACCGUGUGCAGAGCAGGCUGAGACAGCAGGUCCAGGCUCACCAGCAAGGCACCAGAGACAGCUACUCCGCCAUCUGUAGCACAGCGCAGAGAGUGUAUCAGAGUCUGGACCAUGAGUUACAGAGACACGUGAGUCUCCAAGACACGCUGCAGCAGUGCCAGACCUGGUUGAUCUCUGUCGCGGAGGAACCGGAGCCUCCUGCACAUCCUCCUCUCAGCCUGGAGGAGGCGCUACAGCAGGUGAAGCAGGAGCGGGCUCUCCAGGAACAGGCCAGCACUUACCUCCAGCUUGUGUGCUCAGCAUGUGACCUGUCUGAGAUGAGGGUCAGGGAGACCGCAGGAUCUAUUCAGCAGGUCAAACUUCAGAUCGAGGAGCGUAUGCUGCUUUGUGAGGAGGUAGCUGACAGCUGGAGGGACAUUGAGGAGCAGAAGGCAGAUCUGGAGGUCCAGCUGAGAGAGACAGAGCAGCAACUUCAGAACCUCAUCAGGAGACCUGCAGAGCUGGAGCCCAAGAUUGCACAGAACCAGCUGGACAAGGCACAGGAGUUCCUUCAGCAGAUUAGGGAGAGACAGUCUGAGGUAACCCGUUUGAAUGAAGCCACUAGUAGGCUGACAGAUGGGCAGGUGUCUCCUGCCCUGGAGGAGAUAAGGAGACUGAGGCGAAGCUGGAAGGACCUGGGCCAGCGGGCAGAAGAACUGGAGGCCCAGCGGGGGGAGGACAUGCAGCGAAGUGGGGAGUACCAGGAGAUUGUUGUUGCUGUGGAGGAACUCUUCCACCAAGUAUCCAGGGAAUGGGACUACCUCGCCAGGGCUGACACAGAGAGUACAAGUGAGCAUCUAGAGGCUCUGAGGAAGCUCUCCAGUGACCUAGAGGAGCAGAGAGCAACUCUAGAAGACCUCAGAGACCAAAGACAAGCUAUCCUGCCUCGACUUAGCCUGCUAGACAAGGAGCUGGUGAAGCAACAGGUGGGUCAUCUGGAGCAGCGCUGGGCCCAGCUUGAGACCCUCAUCCAACAGAAGAUCCAGGACUCCGCGCAGACACUAGAGGAUCUUGCCCGGGUUGAAAGCCAGCUGAGGGAUGCCCGGGAGUGGGUGGAGGAGCAGCGGCCCGCGCUUACCUCUGCGCUGAAAACCAGCCCACCCCCCGAUUUGGCCCAGAGUUUCCUGUUUGACCACCUGAGCGUGUGCGUAGAACUGGAAGCCCGUCAGCAGCUGCUGGGUCAGGCAGUAAGCGAGGCCCAAGCUGUGGCUUCCAGACUGGGGCUGAGUGAAAAAAGAUGCCUACAGGAGCUCGUUGAACAAGCCCAGACUGAGGUGGAAGCUCUGGGGGCUCGUGUGGCCCAAAGGAGGAAGUACCUCAGUAAGGCCUUCACAGAGAGGACACAGUUCCUUCAAGGCCUGGGGAGAGCCCUGUCUUGGGUACAGCAACAAGAGAGGAAGGCUUUGAUAGAUGACCACAUAGCGCUUCUUCCUGAGGACCUAGCGAAACAGGUUGCAGCUUGUCGGGGUGUCCAGAGCGGGUUACGUGCAUACCAGAGAGAGUUGGCAUCUCUCUGGAUACAAGGGCGAGAGCUAGAAAGAGACGCCACUGACAAAGAGAGAGCAGAAACCCUGGCGAGACUUGAGAAGCUACAGGCAGCGUUUGAAACCGCACUCCAGAGGACGACUCAGCGUCUCACAGACUUAGAGAAAGCCUUGACCUCCAGGAAGUACUUCCAGGUUGACCUGGAUAAGACUUGCCACUGGUUGAGACGAGCAGACGCCAUGACCUUCCCUGAAAUCAAUUUAAGCAACAUUGACGAUAGCUCAGAGUUGCAAACACAGCUGUCUAACUUUCAGGAUGUCCUAGAACAAGCUUCAGAGUAUGAGAACCUUCUUCUUAUUGUCCAAAGAAUAGGCCAGGAGAUCCUCCCAACUCUGAACGAGAUUGAUCAUUGCUACCUAGAUGAGAGGCUCAAUGCCCUGCCUCAGCAGUACAACGCCAUCCUAGCUCUAGCCAAAGAGAAAAAAGACAGAGUCCAGCAAAUAACCUUGGAGCGAAAAGAGUUCAGCACUUUCUUCGAUAUUACUCGUAAUGCACUUGAGGAACUUCAGGAGCAGUUUGACAAUCUGGACAAGCAGACUAUCAGUAUUAGAGAGGAGGAACUUGUUUGUCUAACUAAUGAAUACAGAAAUAUUGAUGAAAGUUUAUUCCAUAUUAGCCCCGCUGUGAGGGAACUGCAUGGCAAAAAUGAGGGGUUUCUCAGCAGGGGUCAGGUAUACAGAUCUGAAGAGACCCAGCAGUUGGUCACUCUCCACAACAAACUGAAAAGGAUAAAUGAUGAGAAAAUUAAACACUUAAAGGAUUGCUUCAAAACACUAGUUGAACACAACAGAGUAUCUGCUAAGUUGGACUCAGAGUUUAAGUCUGUGAAAGAGAAUCUUGUCCGACUUAAGUCAGACAAAGAACUAAGUGCCAUGGAUAAAAUCAAAAGUGUGUAUUUGCUGCUUGAAAGGUUGGAUUGUGUGAGCUCUCAAGCUGAAGAAUGUAACCAGCAAACUAAAGGCCUUGGUCUGAAGUUUGAUCCCGCUGCCUUUCAGGACACUACACUGCAGCUUGAAUCAUUGCAGUCUUUACGGUUUGAAUUAAAAUGUUUUGUUGAAGAAAGUGAGACGAAGGUUUCAAAGAAUGAAGAUUUCACAAAAGAGACUGAGAAAAUGUUCGAGUGGCUGAGGACUAUCAAGGAGUAUUUUGAAGAGCCAUCGACCCUUUCAGAGGUCAAAACUGAGAGGGUUUAUGAGGAAGUGCGCAAAAUGAAAAUCAUGGAAGAGGAAGUGAAAAGUAGAUUGAGCACAGGAGAUGCCUUGGGUAGAAGAGAAAAGCAAAGGUAUUGUAGUAGAAAAGAAACUGUUCCUGCCCACAUAGAAGAGAAACUACAGGAGCUGGCAAAGCUGGGAGCUGAAGUUCAACAAGGAAUUAGCAAAAAACAGCUGGCUGUGGACCAAGCUCUUUCUCUGGUCCAGAGGUACCACUUAUCUCUGCAGUCCAUGCAGACAUGGCUGGACUCUGCUGCGGCUGUGCUCCAGAGGGCCAGCUCAGGGGUGGAGCUUGAGAACCAGACAGAUUGUGCGCGGGAACUGGAAGAAAUUUCAGCCCGGGAAAAAAACUUCACAGCUGGUCUAGAGGAGCUGAGCACUUUGGAUCCGCUGCUGCAGAAAUUUAUAGAUGCAGGAGCGAUGAGUGACCUUAGAGAAAAAGUCGACGCAAUGCAGCUGAGAAAAACGAAGGUCGAACAGCAACUGGAUGCUUACAGAGAGGUGCUUCAGAGUUGUGCAGCUCUAUGGAUCUCCUUCCAACAUGAGAAAGAGACACUGGUUGAACAAAUGAAUGACGCAGAGAGCAAAAUGGCCAUGUUCACUACAGCUAAAGCCGUCAGUGUCCAGCAGGCAGAGGAAAAGUGUCGGAGAUAUAAGUCUCUGGUGGCUCACAUCGACCUGCUUGAGUUGCCUCUGAAUGCUUUGAAAGAAAUUGCCACAGAGUUAGAAGAGAUCAUCUCUGAGGCCAGCAAAGCCGUCACCAGCCACUCCGUUUCGUCACUGUGGCAACGGUGGACCAGGCUCCGCAGUGUGGCCCGAGCCCAAGAGAGAGCACUGGAGGACACUGCGAGGGAGUGGAGCAACUUCACUGAGAAGAUGGAGAAGGUGCGCUCUGUGUCCCAAGAUCUCCACAGUCGUGUCCCAGACAGCACAGUUGAGAAGGCUGCCACCAGGGCGGCACUUCAGAGCCUCCUGGAGUACCAUGACUCCUUCAGCCUGGAGGUGGAGAGGGAGCAGUCCAUCCUGGCCCUGCUGGGGCAACACACUCGCAGUCUCAGAGGAGAGGAGGAGGAGGUGAUUGAGAAAAAGACGGAGAAUGGACAUGAGGAGACCCCUUGCCUACAAGAGAUCAGGAGCAUGCAGGAGCAAUAUGACAGCCUUGUGUUGCGGGUCCGAGCCAGUAGAGCUCAGGUACACCAGGAGUUGAGGGAGAGAGAGGAAGUUGAGAAGGAGCUAGGCUUGGUCAAAGGCUGGAUCCAAGAUACCCGUGGCUUACUGCUGAGUCCUACAGCAGACCUGGAUUCACUGCUACAAGAACUAGAGACUGCACAUGGCGAGGUUAUCAGCAGGCGCCAGAGUGUGGAGCGCAUGACAGAGCUGCAGCAGUCCAAGUACCAGGACCUCCAGGCUGGUCUGCCCUCUGAGCUCAGCAUGCAGCUGGCUGAAGUGACUCUGGCUCUGGGCUCUGCUGAAGACCAGGUCCAAGCGAGGGAAAGGGAGGUGCAGCAGACCAGAGAUGUGAAAGAGGACUUCAGCUCCAGACUCCAGGACAUUGAGGCGAAGCUGAAGACCAUCGCUCUGAAAUUGGAAGACAAGGGUGCUGACCUGGAGGAAGCCAAAGAAGAGACCAAAGCUCUUUGUGAAGAGUGUGAAUGCUGUGGUCGCUCUCUAGCAGAGUUAGGAGUAGCGGUGCAGGAGUUCGGGGAGCAGAACCCGCUGCUGUGUAAGCAGCUGGGCGAUGCUGUGGCCAAACUGACGGAGGUGCAGCGCCACACCACGCAGCAGGUCCAGGACAGAGCCAACAGACUGAAGAAGGCAGAGAGACAGGUGGAGGAAUAUCAGGGUAUGAGGGCGUUCAUUUUGGGCUGGACAGAAAAGGCAGAGGCUCUGGUCACUGGUAGUAUCAUCUGGAGCUCUGCGUCCCAGGUGCAGGAGCAAAUUCGAGCACACCAGGCGUUGCUGCGAGAGUGUCGGGGUCUCCAUGGUGACUUGGAAGCCAUGGGGGAGAGGGAGAGGCAGCUGGGGGAAGUGUUGCAGACGGAGGGGUGGAUCCAGCAGGUGAAACACCUCAGCAGAUGCACAGAAGAGCUGCAGCAAACUGCCAAGACUCGCCUCCAGAGUCUGCAGGAUGCAGCAAAGGACAUGUUGCGUUUGGAGGCAGAGGUGAAAAACCUCCAUGCGGCUGUAGACCAGAUCCAGGUCACACUUGCCUCCCCGGACCUCAACAGGCUUAGCCUCAGAGAGCAGCUCACCCAGAGACAGCGUCUGUUGGUAGAAAUGGAGGGCUUCAAGCAGCAGGUGGCGGCAGUACAGCAGUGUCAGAGCGCCCUCCGGCUACCAGAGGAGGUAAUGGCCAGCCUGCCGAUCUGCCGCACAGCUCAGACUCUGCAGCAAGAAGCCAGCCAACUGCAGCAUACCACCAUCCAGCAGUGCAACAUCUUGCAGGAGGCUGUGGUGCAGUAUGAGCAGUAUGAACAGGAGGUGAGGAACCUCCAGAGAUUAAUAGAAGAGGCUCACCGCAUCAUUCAGGACCGGCCUGUUUCCACCAAUAACAUACAGGAACUUCAGGCUCAAAUACACCACCAUGAGGAGCUGGCCCAGAAGAUCCGUGGCUACCAGGAGCAGAUCGCCUCGCUCCACUCCAAGUGUAAGAUGCUGACAGUGAAGGCCAAACACGCCACCAUGCUGCUGACGGUCAGCGAGGUGGAGGGCCUUUCAGACGGCAUGGACGAGCUGAGUGAUGAGGAGCUGCCCAGUGCUGUGGCAGCCGCCACCGCCGCCGCUGCAAAGCAGCUUCCAGCACACCCCUCUGUCGUCAUGAUGACAGCCGGCCGCUGCCACACACUCCUCUCCCCUGUGACGGAGGAGUCAGGGGAGGAGGGUACCAACAGCGAGGUCUCCUCUCCCCCUGCCUGCCGCUCCCCCUCCCCAGGGGCUAACGCUGACGCUCCUCUUAACCAGGGUCGAGGUGCACUAAGCCGAGCACCGCUACAAGAGCUGUACGACCCGUCUAUGGAGACCAGUGCUGCUAACCUGGAUGACCUGCAGAGAUCCUGGGAAACACUCAAGAAUGUGAUCAGCGAGAAGCAGAAAAGUCUUUAUGAGGCUCUGGAAAGGCAGCAGCAUUACCAGGAGUCCCUCCAGUCCAUUUCUACCAAGAUGGAGUCCAUCGAGGGAGCGCUCAACGAGGGCCUGGAGCCUAAUAAGAGCCCCGAGAGCCAGAUGGCUGCACACCAGGCUCUGAUGGACGAGAUCCUGAUGCUGCAGGACGAGAUCGGUGAGUUACAGACGUGUUUCUCCGAGGAGCUGGCAGACAGCGACAGCGAUGGGGAGCCCGGUGACCAACUGGCUCUCCAGUCUACUCUCACCGUGCUGGGAGAGAGGAUGGCCACCAUUCGAAUGAAGGCUUCUGGGAAAAGGCAGUUGCUGGAGGAGAAACUAAGUGAACAGCUGGAAGAGCAGCGACAGGAACAGGCACUGCAGCGUUACCACAGUGAGGCCGAGGAGCUCGACCACUGGUUGCUCAGCACUCGUGCCACUCUGAGCUCUGCCCUUCAGCCUCUAAACGAAGACCUGGACAUGGAGGAGCAGCUCAUCGACUGUCAGAACAUGCUGUUUGAGAUCGAGCAGAAAGUGUCGUAUCUGUCGGAGCUGUCCGUCCACAGCGAGAGCUUGCUGUUGGAGGGCCGGGCCGAGACCAAGGGAGAAGCGGAGCAACUCACCUUCAAACUGCGCUCCCUCAAAGACAGCCUGAUGGAGCUGCAGCAGAUGCUUCAGGACAAACAAGUUGACAUACAGGGUUCAUUGCAAGAGCAGGAGGACAGUGAGCCAGACUCGUCUCUGUCUCAGAGUCCUAAUGUCCAGGAAUGGCUUUCCCAGGCCAGAUCGACACGCACACAGCAGCAUCACAACAACCUUCUUCGGCAGAGGGAGCUGCAGGAGCAAGUAGCUGAACAGAGGAGGCUGCUCCAGUCAGUAGCCAAUGUUGGAGAAGAGUUACUCAGCCAACAGACCACACCCAAUGGAGACAGUGAGGUGUCCAUCCCAGGAGGAGUGUUGCUGGAGAGUGAGACUGUGUCUCCUUUGGACCAGCUAAGACAGCGCUGGGAAAACCUGAAUAAAGAUCAGAGCACGAAGCUUCAGCUCUCCCUCAGCUCCCUGGAGCAGGACCAGCUUAGCCCGAUCCUCCACCGAUCCCGUCUGUCCAGUCCUAGUAUGGUGUUUAGAGGCGAGUCUGCCAACCAGGGCUCUCGCUCUCCCGGGGCUUUGUUUGAGGCCUGCAGCCAGACUUUGGAAAGACUUGCCCAAGAGGCAGCGAGUGGUGACCAUAAACUGGUAGGGUCUUUAGGAGGGACAACAGUCCAGCAGGACCUGUAUGCUGCAGUUUCAUCAGCUUCUUCCUGGUUGGAUGCUGCUGAGAAUCAGCUGCUCUCUGGUCCUGUGCUGCUGUCUGAAGAUACAGAGACACAACUUAAAAAUCUGGAGGAUCUGAAUAAACAGCUGAAGGCGAUGACCAGGGAGGUAAACCAGUCCAGAGACCUUCUGGGUGGAGGAGCGGGCCGGCUGUGUGGGGGAGAUGAGCAAGGCCUGAUGGAGGAAACACUGGAUGGCCUGCAGGAGAGGAUGGGGCUGCUGGACUCCACCCUGGAACAGCAUUGUGACGCCAUGAGGGACAGGCUGCAGGAACACUCAACCUUCCAGAAUGAACUGAGGAUGCUGUUCACAGCUCUGAGUGAAAGUAAACACCAGUUGCUGCAGAAGAUGGCUGGAACUGUGGACAGACCUGCAUCCAAACAGAUAGAGACAUUAUCAGAGGUGGAGGAGAGUCUGAGAGAGUUUGAGCAGCGACUGACUGAGCUGAAGACCAGAGCAGAAGCACUCCAGUCUGACCAAAUCGCCAACCAGGAACUUCUCAAACUACAGGAUGCAUACGAGGAGCUGGUGCUGAUGGUGGGCUCCAGGCGUAGCAGCUUGAACCACGGCUUGUCUCUUAAGGCUCAGUAUGAAGCUGCACUUCAUGACCUCACAGACCUAGUGGACACCGCCGAGGACAAGAUGGCUGCCGAUCAGAAGAUGACAGUGGCUUCUGUCAUAGAGGUCCAGAUGUUACUGGACAAACACAAAGAGUUUUUCCAGGGUCUGGAAUGCCAUAUGAUCCUCACACAGACGUUCUACAGUAAAGUGUCUGGUCUGGUGGCGCAGAGGGAAAGCCAAACCCUGGAGGAGACCAUGGCCUUAGCCCACAGUGUGCUCAAACAGGCCCACAGGAGGGGGGUGGAGCUGGAGGGCAUACUGGAGUCUUGGAGCAGGCUUGUGGAAGACUACCAGGCUCUGUGUAGACAGCUGGAGGCUGUGGAGUGUAGCAUCCCCACUGUAGGCCUGGUUGAGGAGACAGAGGAAAGACUUGUUGAAAGGAUCAGUCUCUACCAGCGUUUGAAGGCCAGCCUGACGGAGCAUCAGCCCCAGUUGUACCAGGUCCUGGAGGAGGGCAAGAAGCUUCUUCUGUCUGUUGGCUGUUCAGACUUGGAGAACCAGCUGACGCAGCUGGGAGAACACUGGCUCUCCUCCACCACCAAGGUCAACAAGGAGCUGCACCGCCUCGAUUCCACACUAAAACACUGGAGCAGGUAUCAGAGUGAGUCAGCAGAGUUGAGCCACUGGUUGCAGUCGGCUCUGGACCGGCUGGAGUUCUGGACAACCCAGUCAGUGACAGUGCCUCAGGAGCUGGAGACUGUCAGAGACCACCUCUACGCCUUCCUGGAGUUUUCCAAAGAGGUGGAUGCUAAGUCGUCUUUGCGUUCAUCUGUGCUAAGCACAGGCAACCAGCUUCUGCGAUUGAAAAGAGUAGACACAGCUGGUCUCAGGACAGCGCUGGGCCAGAUUGACACUCAGUGGGCUGAGCUGUUGACUCAUAUUCCUGUAGUACAAGAGAAGCUACACCAGUUGCAGAUGGAGAAGCUGGCAUCACGGCACGCCAUAACAGAGCUGAUGAGCUGGAUCUCUCUCAUGGAGAACAUCAUUGAAGAAGACCAGGACAAAAUCCUGGGAGCUGUAGGCUCAGAGGUGGUCCAGAACUUCUUGCAGAAGUAUAAGGGUUUCCGCAUAGAUCUGACCUGUAAGCAGUUGACUGUGGACUUUGUAAACCAGUCAGUGCUGCAGAUCAGCAGUCAGGAUGUUGAAGGAAAGCGCAGUGACAAAACAGACUUUGCUGAGAAGCUGGGAGCAAUGAACAGACGAUGGCAGAUACUACAGGGGCUCAUCACUGAAAAGAUUCAGCUACUGGAAGGACUAUUGGAAGGUUGGUUGGAGCAUGAAAAUGGAGUUCAGGCCUUGAAAACCUGGCUCACACUACAAGAGGAGAAACUGAAGAAGAGACACAGGAUAGAGGAUGUAGCAUCGGUGCAGAAUGCGCUUAAAGACUGUCAGGAGUUGGAGGACUUGGUGAAGGAAAAAGAGAAGGAUCUAGAGAAAGCAGAGGAACGUGGAAAUGCUCUUAUCCAAGAUAAGAAAGGAGCAGCCUGCUCUGUUGUCAAGGAGACCCUCAAAGGAUUGAACCAAUCCUGGGCUCAUUUGGACCACAUGAUAAGUCAGAUGAAGGUGAGCCUGCGGUCGGUGCUGGAGCAGUGGACCCUCUACCGGCGAGCUUCAGAGGAGAUUAAUGGUUACCUGAUGGAGGGGAGGUACUCUGUGUCCAGGUUGUGCCUCCUUAAUGGUUCUCUAGAGGCAGUGCAGCAGCAGGUGGAGAGUCUGGAGAACCUGCAGGAGGAGAUGGAUAAACAAGAGAGCAGUCUGAGGAAGUUUGGCUCAGUAACACACCAGCUGCUGACAGAGUGCCACCCGUCAGUGGCUGAAACACUCAACAGAGCCCUCAGGGACGUCAACAUCAGGUGGAACAGUCUACUAGAGCAGAUCUCAGAGCAGCUGAGGAGCAGUAAAGCCCUGUUGGGGUUGUGGCAACGCUACAAGAUAUUGUAUAGCCAGUGUGUGACGGUGGUUCAGAAACAGGAGGAACGUGCGGAUCGCCUGCUGAAGAGCGCCACCGACAGGGAGAUCACAGAGGAGGAGAGCAGCGCCUGGAUAAAGGACUGCAAUGCGUGCCUCGGUGACCAGGCAUCAGUGCAGCAGUCCCUUCAGCAGCUGCAGGCUUUAGGGGAUAAACUGAAGAGCCAAGUUGACGCCUCCUCCUCGGCGGCCCUUCAGUCCGACCACCUGUCAUUCACACAUCGCCUAGCAACACUGGAGCACGCCCUUCACAGGCAGCAGGAAGUACUGCAGUCUGGAUCUCAGGCCUGUGAGGGUUUCAAAGAGCAGCUGGACACACUCAUCCGUAAGGCUGAGGAGGCUGAGGAGGUGCUGAAUGAGUCGGACCCAGUCGGCUCACCAGAGCUCACUGUGGUCCAAACACGUAUGGAAAAAUUGAAGGUUCACCUGUUGAAGCUGAGCAGUCUGUCUCCAGACCUGGAACGUGUUAAUGAGUUGGUUUACAGACUGCCAGUCAGUGACAGAGAUGUUAAACGGUUGCAAAGUCUCAACAGAGCCUGGGCUGCUCACUCCGCUCACCUCACUGAGAGGUUCAGCAAACUGCAGGCAGUGUUGCUCCAGCAGCAGACUUUCCUCCAGAAGUGUGAGGCGUGGAUGGACUUCUUGUCUCAGACUGAACAGAAGCUGGCGGCAGAGAUCUCAGGCAACUACCAGAGUCUGCUGGAGCAGCAGAGAGACCAUGAGUUGUUCCAGGCAGAGAUGUUCAGCAGGCAACAGAUUCUUUACUCCAUCAUCAGUGAUGGUCAUCGUAUGUUGGAUCAGGGACAAAUGGAUGACGGAGAUGACUUCAGUGUGAAGCUGGCCUUGCUGAGUAAUCAGUGGCAGGGUGUAGUGAGACGGGCCCAGCAGCGAAGGGGCAUUAUUGAUAGUCUGGUCCGCCAGUGGCAGAACUACAGGGAGAUGGCAGAGAAGCUGCUACAAUGGCUCCAAGAAGUGACCCGUGAUCCCGAUGUACACCAGCCAGGAGAACCAGUCGCCCUGCAGCAAGCCAGAAACCUUUUAGAUCAGAUACAGCUGAAGGAGCGAGUGCUCCAGAGGCAGCAGGGAGGCUACAUCCUAACGGUGGAGGCCGGCAGGAGCCUGCUGCUGUCAGCCGACGCCAGGGCCGAGUCCACACUGCAGACAGAGCUGAUGGAGAUUCAGGAGCGGUGGAGGCACGCCCACCACCGCCUGGACCAGCAGAGGAGGGAGCUGCAUGGCUUGCUUAAGAACUGGGAGCGAUGUGAGAAGGGCAUAAAUGCGUCACUGGAGAAACUGAGGGCCUUCAAGAGGAAGCUGUCCGUGCCACUGCCUGACCACCAUGAGGAGCUACACUCAGAGCAAGUCAGAUGCAAGGAGUUGGAGAGCAGUGUGGAAGGCUGGACUGAUGACCUCACUUCCUUGUUCCUGCUGAGGGACUCCUUGGAGGGCGUGGUCAGUGCAGAUGACAUCACAGUGCUACAGGAACGCCUCCAGCUGCUUCAGCGCCAGUGGGAGGAGGUCUGCCACCAGCUUUCCCUGCGCAGGCAGCAGGUGAGCGAGAAGUUGAAUGAGUGGGCAGUGUUCAAUGAGAAGAACAAGGAGCUGUGUGAGUGGCUCACACAGAUGGAGAGCAAGGUCUCUCAGAAUGGAGACAUCAGCAUUGAAGAGAUGAUUGAAAAGCUGCGCAAGGACUACCAGGAGGAGAUCAGCGUAGCUCAAGAGAACAAGCAGCAGCUGCAGGUUAUGGGCGGGCGCCUGGCCAGGGCCAGCCAGGACAGCAAGGCGGCCGAGAUCCAACACAAACUCAGCAAAGUCAGCGAGCGCUGGCAACACCUGCUGGACCUCAUCGCUGCCAGGGUGAAGAAGUUGAGGGAGACCCUGGUGGCGGUGCAGCAGUUAGAUAAAAACAUGAGCAGCCUGCGUUCCUGGCUGGCUCACAUCGAGACGGAGCUGUCCCGGCCCAUUGUCUACGACACCUGCGAUGACCAGGAGAUUCAGAGGAAACUCAACCAGCAGCAGGAGCUGCAGAGGGACAUAGAGAAACACAGCACAGGUGUGGCGUCGGUGUUGAACCUGUGUGAAGUCCUGCUGCACGACUGUGACGCCUGCUCCACGGAAACAGAGUGUGACUCCAUCCAGCAGGCCACCAGAGGGCUGGACCGACGCUGGAGGAACAUCUGCGCCAUGUCCAUGGAGAGGAGGCUCAAGAUUGAGGAGACGUGGAGGCUGUGGCAGAAGUUUCUGGAUGAUUACUCCAGGUUUGAGGAUUGGCUGAAGACCUCGGAAAGGACAGCAGCUCUGCCUAACUCCUCUGGAGUUCUGUAUACUGUCGCUAAAGAGGAGCUUAAAAAGUUUGAGGCCUUCCAGCGCCAGGUGCAGGAGUGCCUGACCCAGCUGGAGCUCAUCAACAAACAGUACCGUCGUCUGGCCCGGGAGAACCGCACCGACUCCUCCUGCCGACUCAGAGAAAUGGUGCAUGAUGGGAACAGGCGAUGGGAUAACCUACAGAAGAGGGUAGCUGCCAUCCUACGCAGACUCAAGCACUUCAUCAGCCAGAGAGAGGAGUUUGAGACGGCACGAGACAGCAUCCUGGUGUGGCUGACGGAGAUGGACCUCCAGCUGACCAACAUAGAGCACUUCUCUGAGUGUGACGUUCAGGCCAAGAUAAAACAGCUCAGGGCGUUCCAGCAGGAGAUCUAUCUGAACACAGGGAAGAUUGAGCUGGUGUUCAGACAGGGUGAAUCUCUGAUAGAGAAGAGUGAACCUCUGGACGCAGCCGUCAUCGAGGAAGAGCUGGAGGAGCUGCAGAGAUACUGCCAGGAGGUCUUCGGACGGGUCGACAGAUACUACAAGAAACUCACACGACUGCCUCUGGCCGACGAUGAGCUCGAUGGUUCGGACAGAGAGCUGGACAUGGAGGAAGGUGGCGACCUGUCCGAGCUGCAGUGGGGCGACUCCUCUCUGCCCCGGACAUCCAGCCGUCCGGCCUCGGGUACGACCGCCCUCAUCCGGGCAGACCGCUCGGGACGCGACACCCCGGCCAGCGUAGACUCCAUCCCGCUGGAGUGGGACCACGAUUACGACCUGAGCAGAGGCCUAGAGAGCCCCGGAGGACGAGGCCACGGGGAAAGGAGCCAAGGGCAAGAGGAGGAGGAUGAGUAUCUCAGGACGGCUGCCACGGUGCUGACAGAUGUAGUUAUCCCAGAGAGCCCAGAGGCCUAUAUAAAACUGACUGAGAACACAUUGAAAUCGUCCUCUGGUGAGCCAGGCCAGCUGGAGGCCAGUCUCAGACAGCUGGAUCAGGCUCUGGAUGCAGGACGAUACCACCUCCAGCAGAGAGAGGCCACCGGCAACAGCUCCAGCCCCGACGUCGACUCCACAUACAUGGGCUAUAUGCGCCUGAUGGGAGAGUGUCGAGGCAGUAUAGACGCAGUGAAGAAAGCAGAGGGAGAGCUGACUGAAGACGAAGAUGACAUGCCAGGACUCACCAACCCCACCAGCACAGACGUCCAAGGAAAGGGCGUGAUCGAGCGCUGGGAGCUGAUCCAGGCUCAGUCUCUGAGUGAGAAGCACAGGCACAAGCAGAACCUGCAGCAGUGGCAGCAGCUGAUCUCAGAUCUGCAGACCAUGAGGGCUUGGUUGGGUCAGUCCGAGGCUGAACUCAGCCAGCUGCGAGGGCUCGAUCUCAGCACCGACAUACACACCAUCCAGCAGAGAAUCAAGAAGCUCAAGGAGCUGAUGAAGGGGAUGGAUGCCCACAAGUCAGAGGUCUUGUCCAUCAAUCUGAGCAGUGCAGACUUCCUCCAAUCAGAGCCCGACUCUGAGGAGGCGUGGGAGUUGAGGGACGGGCUGAAAGAGAUGAAUUCGCGCUGGGAUCGGCUCGGUACCUCGCUGGAGGACUGGAGGGAAGAGCUCCAGAGGGCGCUGAUGCAGUGCCAGGAGUUCCACGAGAUGAGCCACGGGCUGCUGCUGUGGCUGGAGAACAUCGACCGCAGGAGGAACGAGGUGGUGCCCAUCCCUCCCAAACUGGACCGUGAAACAUUACGAGCUCAUCAUAAAACACUGACGCAAAUCAAGCGCGAGCUGCUGGACUCGCAGCAGAAGGUGUCGUCCCUUCAGGAGCUGUCAGCUCAGCUGCUGGUCAACACUAAACCUCAGACUCUGCUGCUCCAGUCGGAGGCUUCAGAGCAGAUCCGGGACCCGCAGGGCAGCGAGUGUCUGGAGGCCCAGGAGAAGGUCCACGUGAUCCUGAACAGGCUGAGGCUGCUCCUGAGGGAGGUCAGCUCAGACCUGGAGGGGUUGGAGAGGAGACUGGAGGCCGUGGACACGCAGCAGGAUUGCCUGCCGUUGCCUGUUGGCAAAUCAGAAAUCUGUCGAUCAGCUGCUCCGGUGUCAGAGGUGACCAUCCAGAGUCGCAAACGAUUGGUAAUGUUUUCCUUCUUAUUGUCCAGUAGGGGGAGCUAGCCUCUCUCCCUGCUCUAUAAAAGACAGCGAGAUAAGAGAUACUUGGGAACGUCUACUCGUUCCCAAGUAGACAUCUCAUUCAGUAGAUCACCCCCUUUAUUUCUGAUUGUUAAUAUAAAUGUUUUUCCCCUUUUCAAUGGCUCUGCUAACAUGUACAUGAUAAGAUUUGUUGCUGCCCCCUCC